GCGAGAACCCAAAGGAGGCCACCCCCACGCGCCGAAGCAGCUGCUGCAGGCCUUGCCGCCGCCGCCGUCUCCGCAAGCGCAGUCCGCGUCCAUGGCGAAAGGCAAGUUCAAGCACAAGCCAACGGGGGAGCGCACCUUCUCCUCCCCCGAGGAGAUCGCGGCUGGUACUUCAGCAGACCGUCCAAGAACCUUUAAGAAGCAAGGUGAAAAGGAUGUCUAUGAUAGAAGGGGAGAACCAGAACAGGAAGAAGAAUCUGAAGAUUUUGCAAAACCCAAAUACAAAGGUACAGAAGGUCUUAUUGAGAUUGAGAAUCCAAACCUGGUGAAACCAAAGAACAUAAAAGCCAAGGACAUUGAUAUUGGUAAGACAACUGACAUGUCCAGCCGUGAAAGAGAGGAGCUUGAGAAACAGCAAUCUCAUGAGCGUUAUAUGAAGCGUCAGGAGCAAGGAAAAACAGAACAGGCUCGGAAAGACUUAGAGCGCCUUACUCUAAUUCGGCAACAAAGAGCAGAAGCUGCAAAGAAGCGUGAAGAGGAAAAAGCUGCCAAAGAAGAGAGGAAGGCUGAAGCGCGCAAGUGACCUAGCAAAGUAUGGACACCAUAGGGCUUUAUGGGAGCUGUGGUAGCUGAAUGACAGCAGUAGUUUCCGUGCUUCUGAUAUCGCUUGAGAUUACUGCACUUAUUACCAUUUUGAGUAGUGUGCAAUUGUAUGAAUGUUGGUCGUGCUGGUCAAUGACAACGAAUUGUCAACUUUGAGGGUGGCGAAGCAGAGUAGUGGCAACUUGUCUGGACAAUGGCUCCAUGCUAUGGUGUUUUCGUAUGUUGGAUCAUAUAUGUUUCCAGCUUGGGCUGCAAUCAGUGUAGUAUAUCCGAAGUAUUAAAGAUUCAAAUUAUUCUUCCCCCAACCUUGGCUUGUAGUUGGGCGUGGGCUUUGAUUGGACGGUUUCGGAGCUGAGUUAUACUCCCUUUGUCUCACAAAAUACAAAAUACAUAUAUUCGUUUA